GAGUCAGGUAGUACCAAGAUUGAGGACCUCGAUCCGUGUGCGGUGUUUGAGAGUAUGAACAGUUAGAAGGAAUUCUAAUUAUAAUUCUUGCUCCGCAAACGGAGGGGACAAUGAAAGAAACGACACAACUACCAAGUUGACUCCUUAAUAAUAUCCAAUCAUGGUGACACGCCUUUUGUUGUUGCCUCAAGAAGCUGCACACAAAACUUGCUUUUUCCUAUAACAUCUGUCACCCUUUUGGAUAUUCCAUCUUCUUACAUUAUUUUUAGCAAAUUGCCAGUUUAAGAAAAAACAAAUAUCUUUUCUGUUUUCAUCGUUGCCAACGAUUUUGCAUCUGGUGGGGUUUCAUGGAGGAGGUUUGAUGCGAUCAUUCCUCUCCCAGAAACCACAUAUUCCACCUCCUGGGUUUUGAUUUUGAUCCUUCCGAGGUUGGGGUUGGGGUUGUGGAUUUUCAUGCUUUUUGUUAGAUUGAUAGAUAUAUUCUGACGUGGGUUGUGUAAUUUGGAAGGUGGGUUAAUGCUCAAUGGUUAUCCCUCCAAUCAUUUUUUGAAAGGAAUAGUUGGAAGUUGGUGUCAGAUUCACAGUACCCGCUUCGCAAAUUGAAAUAGAAUAGAAAUUCUACCAGAGACUCGAAGAGUUGUGGACAAAACUACCGGAACCUGUUUUCCAUAUCUCUCGAGAAUCAUGUGGGGCUUUGACUGUUACAACCAAUUCUUUCGAAUGCGUGAGGAAUUCUGAUUGAGUUGUUGCUGUUGUUGGUUUGGUAGAUGGAAUGAACCUUUGACAGAGAACAAGAUCUGUCCAAAUCAGAAUGCUGGAUUGAUGAUCUCAUGUCGGGGGUGUUUGUCCAAGAGAUAAAUUGGUGCCUUUUGGUGAAGCUGUGAAGAGACCCUGCUUCCGAUUUCCUGAAUAGCUAGUUAAUCGUGUUGUGGUUUUGAUUUGUGAGGGAUAUGAAGUUUCUGAGCCUGGUGGGGAAUUCUUUUGGUUGUUCUGCAUCUGGUGAGCGCUUAGUUUCUGCUGCAAGAGAUGGCGAUGUUCAAGAGGCCAAAGCCUUGUUGGAAUAUAACCCCCGUCUUGCAAGGUAUUCCACUUUUGGUGUUCGCAAUUCCCCUUUGCAUUACUCUGCCGCUCAUGGCCACCAUGAGAUAGUGUAUCUCUUGAUUGAAUCCGGAGUUGAUAUCAAUCUCAGAAAUUAUCGCGGUCAGACUGCAUUGAUGCAAGCUUGUCAACAUGGUCACUGGGAGGUGGUGCAGACCUUGACUAUUUUUAGAGCCAAUAUCCAUAAAGCUGAUUACCUAAAUGGAGGAACUGCCCUUCAUUUGGCUGCUUUGAAUGGCCACACCAGAUGCAUUCGGCUAAUCUUGGCAGACUAUAUACCAAGCACCCCUAACUUCUGGAAUGCGUUACAGACAGGUGAUCAUAAAUCAAUCGCAGAAUUUGAUCACAGGUACUCUGUCUCUCACUCAAAGGUUAAUGGCUUCUUCCGCUGUAGCAAUGAGUUAAUUUUAUCUUUAAAUGGUUGCACACAAAGUGGUCUUUGCGAGGUAAUUAACAGAACUUCUGAUGGAGGGAUCACUGCUCUGCAUAUGGCAGCAUUGAAUGCGCAUGUUGAAAGUGUACAGUUACUCUUAGACUUGGGAGCUUCUGUGUCUGAGGUUACUGUGGAGGAUGGAACUACCAUUGAUUUAAUUGGUUCCGGAAGUACUCCACUCCAUUAUGCUGCAUGUGGUGGAAAUGCCCAAUGCUGUCAACUGCUGAUUGCCAAGGGUGCCGAUGUGACUGCCAAGAAUGCGAAUGGAUGGACACCCUUGAUGGUUGCUCGUUCGUGGCAUAGAAACUGGCUUGAGGACAUCUUAAAAACACCUCCAGAAGAACCCCUACAAGUUCUUCCAUCUCCAUAUUUAUCUCUUCCUCUUAUGAGCAUUGUGAGAAUUGCUAGAGAAUGUGGAUGGAGGACGAAUGAAUUAGCACCAGCAUGCUUAGAUCCAUGCGCUGUUUGCUUGGAAAGGAAAUGUAUGGUCGCUGUCGAAGGUUGUGAUCACGAGUUCUGCACACAAUGUGCUUUAUAUCUUUGUUCUACGAACUCUACUUCAUCAACCACAAGUUCCCCCCCAGGUUCAAUUGCUUGCCCUCUCUGCAGGCACGGUAUAGUCUCAUUUGUUAAGCUUCCAGACGCAAGGCCCCUACAGAAGGAAAUGCAAAGGCCAUCAAAUCUGUCACUGGCAUUUUGCACUUGUUCAAGUGAAGUAUUGGAAGAUUCCACUGACAUGACCACCCCAUUUUGCAAACCAACAUCACGUGGGUCCAAUACUUCUUCCGUUUCAAGAACAUAUCGCUCCAAGAGCUGCCAAGCGAUCCCCUCAUUCAAAAUCAACCCCAGCCUUUGCUUGGGAGCAGAAGUUAGCUCCUCUUUAGUCCCUUGUAGUGUGAGCAGGAACGUGAGGAGCCACUUGGCGAGGUGUUCCAGUUUAAGACGAUCAUCUUCUCAAACGGAAAGAAGGAAAUCAUGGUUUUGUUCCCUCAAUCAAUCUGUUGCCACAGGCAGUGGAUGCUAAUUACAUUUUGGUCUUUUCAUAAAGCUUUUUCUUUGUGUCACACCAACGUAAACAGUAUCCAACGUUAUAUUCAUCAUUCCAAAUAUCAUUCACUGUUCAACAACUAUUUAGCUUGUAUAUACCUUGCCCAUUUGUUCAGCUGGGGCAAGCGUUACUUUUUUGGCAACAUACAUAAAAAAAUUCAACCAGAUUCAUGUUUGAUGCAUGUAAAUGAAACUGAUAUAAGGAAUUUCGUGGCUUAUCAUUACUAAA